GGUCGCACUGAGUCAGACGGUUGUUGGUUGUCAGUUGAGCAAUACGCGUGGUGUGUGUGUUGAAAACGCGUCGCGCCGCGUCCCAGUCACCAGACCGUUGUAGGCUCCUCCGUGUGUGUUUUCGUUAUAUGAUCGAGUGUGUUAUUUCACUGUGCGUUUUUUUCGCUACCGUCGUAACGAUCGCGCGUGUGCGUGGACUGAUCCGUACCUUUUUUUUUGCUGUUGUGUUGAGUCGUUGUAUCGUCAUAACGUCCGGGAGAACCUCGAAGCCCCAAGUUUGACAGUUCCCAAGGGGGCAAAAACGAUGCACUAGUCUAGUAGUGAUUGGUUCUCGAGAUGUACAAUGCUGAUUGGUUGAUUAAUUGAUGAUGAUGACGACGAUCACUUGAACUACAAGUGAACGUGAACGUUUGUAAGUGUGUGUGUAUGUGACCGUUUGGAAGCCUCCAACGAUAUGUUCCGUUCCGUUCCGGCUGGGUCGUUUUCAUCCAAGCCGCUGCUGCUAAAACUGCACCCCAUCCGCCUUCACGCGUUUCAUAACGUUACGGCACAGUGAUCACGGGUUGUACCCGAACCUGAGUGGUGGUAAUACACUUCGUCUCGCGAUAGUGUCGCUCGCGGUUCGAUCGUCCAGGUUGGACACUCCGUCGUUGUUGAUGUUUCGGGAACGAACUCGGUUGCAGUUGGACACGGUGUUGCUGGGUGCAUCGAGACAGGUGCAUAUCGGACUCUUGAAAAAGAAGGGGAAUUGACACAUCCUCCGCCUGGUUGGUACGGUGCGGUGUGUGAAGCAGAAACAGCUGUUUGUUUGGUUGUCCAUUGUUCAGUGUUGAAGAUUACAGGCCUUCGCUUGGGCUGCCUUCGGCAGCUAUCGAUGUAUUGUUAUCGUCGUUAUAUAAACCUCAACUAAGGGUCAGUGAGAAAGGGGUGAAGAUUCCUGAUUAACAAGUGAUCGUCUUGCAAAGCGAGAGCGGUGUAUCGAGAUGAGAAAAUUAGAUAUGAUUGCCUUUAAUUGAAUCAGUGAUGGUGUGAAACUCAGAGUGAAUGAAAAGGAAAAUCGCCUAUUUGAAUUGUUCCAUUUAGGCCGGCGCCGCCGCCCCCUCAUCGCGAAAGGAGACGGUAAAAGAUCAUAAAUCUGUCUCGUAGAGCGAGAUUGCUGCAAGACGGCGAAGUGUGGGAGGAGGUGCGAGCAAGCGAAAAAGGGCCGAAGAAAAUCAUGUGAAGCAAUGGUUCUUUCUUUCCUCUUUCGGUCGGUUGGUUUGGGGUGAUUAUACCAGCGGAAGGAAGCCAACGAAAGAGACGAGAGAGCAUCCAUCCAGAUCCCAUCCGAUGGAGCAUCGAGAUCAAUGGCCUGGUGGUGGUGCAGUUGCUGAACUCCUCAUCUUCCAACAAUCGACGUCCCGCGCGACUUGUUGCUGUGGUGGUUGAAGAGACCCAAGAAGGCUCACACCUGGCCUCUUUUCUUUCACCAAGACGAAAUAACAAACAAAAAGCGAAAAUCAACGAUGAAAUUGAUUGGGAGUGAUGAUAAUAAUGAGUAUGGGUCUUCCGUAACAUGGUUGUAACGUUUGGUCAAAGAUACUAAACACUAAUUGGGACCCCGUUUUGUGUGAAGAGAAUUGUUGGCAAAUUGGAGUGCGUGUGUGAUUGCUUAUAUGUGUAUCUUCACACGAAAUGAAAGAAGCAGCUUCCGGAUUUGUGUAUGCGUGAAGGUGUGUUUCCGUAAUGGAUAUUUUAGGGAGAUUUUUCCUAUCUACAUCAGUUCCCCGACAAUCAACAACAGUACGAUAGAAUUUGGAUGUAAUCUUUGAAUGAGUGACUUGUGCACGCUGGGUUCGCGACCUGGUAUGGAGUGUGUGCCAUUGAGAUCCCCAGCAGACCCGUAUCACUAUCAUCACGUCACCGAUCAAACAAAGUCAUUACAGGAAUUACAGAAUGAAGUCGGCGCUCUAUUGGAAUUCCGCGAUCUGGUUAUCGAGACCUUUCCCGAUCUUAAAACGAAGAUGGCAUCGUCCGCUGCCAACAGCACGCUCACCGGGAUACCAUCGUCAUCUCUGGCGUCCAGACGCGAGUGGGAGCCCGGGAUACGCACCCGGCGGAAACUGACGCAGAAGGAAACCUCCGCCGAGAUCCACCAGCACUCGUCGUCGCUGACUCGCAGCAGGAGCAACUCCCACAGCGGCAAGAAGGAACCAAAGAGCGGUGAGGGCAACAACGGUAGCGUGAUACAGGACUCGGGAUUCUCGACCGAGACGUCCUCGUCGAAGGAAACACACAGUGCCUCGUCGACGGGGGGUGGCGUGCAGGGAACCGUCGUAUCAAACACAACAAACCGACUAACUGUAGAUACCGAAGAUGAACUGUGGAAUUUACUUGAUGUGAUACAUAGGAAAAGCAAUCGACUUCGGGAGGAGGUGGACGCGCUGCAGCAGCUGGAGCGAGAAAAGUGUCGAACAAGUCACACGAAUGUCGUCGUCGUUAGCAGCAGUAGUAGUAGUAGCAAUAGCAAUAAUAAUAACAACAACAACAACACUAAUCUUAAUGCGCAUCAUCAUAGUGGUAGCAGUAGCAGUAGUAGUAGCAGUAGUAGUGGUAGUAAUAAUAGUGGCAACCUUCCGCAUGCCCAUCAGCCGCCGGUGCCGCCAAGUGCCAACCAGAGUGCCACCAGUGUUGGUGUCGGCGUCGGCCUAGCGAAAACCUUCCAAAAUCAGCUCCUAGUGGAUAUUGUAAAUAAGGAUGAUGUACAAAUUUUACGCAAAGAACGAGACCGACUGUUUGACAAGCUGUCCGAGUACGAGGCGGAAGCGAUCGCGGGUCGGAUACGGUCCUCGAAGAUGCAGGACGAGGUGGACGCGCUGGCGUUGGCCAAGCGCGAACUCGAGGACCAACUGAAGGCGGCCCUUAGUCAGAAGCUAGAGCUUAACAGUAAGAUUCAUGAUCUCCACCAGCAGUUUGUAAAUAAAAGUGCGCCUAGUUCACCCGAUUCACUCAAGAAUCGUCGUCCGUUGGCGACCUCCUCGACCAUCAUGGCAUCAUCGUCACCACCCAGUCAACAGCAGCAGCAUGUACUGAAACCCCGCUUCACACAAUCCAGCUUUGCGCCGGUUAAGAGCGUUAGCAGCACGAAGCUACCCGCCCCGGUGGCACCUUCGGCGGUCGUGGCAAGCAUGGCUUCCAGGACAGCAUCAGCAGCAGCAGUCGACGAUGACCUGCUGGAUACGACUAGUCCCACGAUAACGACAGCAUCGUCUACUUCGAUCGACGAACCCAACACUGCGACAAGGCUAAAUCACACCGGCGUGGAAAUCGUUGGCCUUGGAAAGCUGGAUGGACUGAUCAGCUCGCCGGCCAGACUCAGCAAAGUACGCAUGACUGACUCGAAAAAGAUCGCCGCAAUUCUGUUGGAAACGAACAUUGUGGAGCUGCAGCGCCACCUGCUGACAAUAACCGUCCAGAAUCAGGUCCUGCAACAACGACUUGAUCACGCAACCCGAUCUCGGAUUUUCCUGAGUAAGAAACUGGACAAAUCAAAGGAGGACAUUGACGAUCUCAAAUUCCGGCUCGAAGAGAAAAACAUCGAACUGGAGGGCACCAAGGCUCAGCUGCGGGUACUCGAGUCCAAACAGAGUGGCGGUGGUAAGUCCGGUUUCAGUCCCGAGCAUGGCGCAAACAGCGCGAAGACGAGUCCGACCGUUGCCGCCGGCGCCACGGUGGUAACCACCUCGGCGGGUGGUAUCGUAUCGCAUCAGCACCGGUCGGUUUCAACCUCGGAACUGAGCCAGCUAUCGCCGGUCCAUCACCACCACCACUACCAGCAGCAGCAGCAGCACCAUCCUCAACAGCAGCGGGAUUUGGCCCUUAGGCUGCAGCAAACGCAGGUUUCCACCCCCAGCAUGAAGGCGAUGGUUCCCCUGGCAAUGGAUGAAGUGCUUCAACACAGCAGCAGCACUGAAUCGGCUCAGGAUCAAGCGGAGCGAGAUUCGGGCAGUCACAACAAGAUGCAAUGCCCGGAAACGCCCCGACGAAGACCCAGUAAAAUCCCCCUGCCGGGAACGAAGGGCUACGUGGCCCCGAAGCCCCCGACAGGGAGAAAUUUCACGGGAUCUCAGCACUACUCCAGACAAGAUAAGAGCUCCCCCUCACCAUCCGGGUCGUUAUCGAAUAAAUCCCUGAACAAGAGCACGGGCAGUUUGUACAUGAAGUCCACCGGGCCGAGCUCGAUCACCAGUGCGAGUCGAGACAAGAAGGACACUAGCCUAAAUCGACCCGACUCAGCUCAGAGCUGGCGUCGGGAUUCUUCCCUGGACAAGAGUCGCAGUUCCUCAAUCCCUGUUUCCAAGGGCUCCUCCGGUGGUGGGUCACCGGUGGCCAAACAAAGCGUGGUAAACAUCUCACCACAGCCAAAAGCGAAGCGUGAUUCUCUGACAACGCGGGUAAAAAAUUUCGACUCGCUGUCCCGGUUCCAGACGGCUUCCGUCUCGACCACCAAUCUCAGCAAGUCCAGCUCGAAGAAAGAUCUCAGCUCGAGCUUCACCACGGGUCAGCUGCGCGAUCGGAAGCAAAGUGGCAACGCGAUCCGACGCGUCAGCAGUGCCUCCGUGGGAGGGCGGGGAUCGUCCGCCGAACAGAACAACAACAACAACGGUUCCUCCCCGGCGGCAUCGUCCGACGGUUCGCCCGCUGCCAAUUCGAACAGCAGCAGCGACAAUGGCAAGGCCCGGAGAGCUAACACGUUCCGCCUGGCAAAACCUACCGUGAUGCCACCGUUAGAGAUCAUCACCCAAAACAUAGCGACAGCAACAGUAGCAUCAUCCGCAGAGCAACGCCGGCGCAGAAACGCCAGCGCCAUACCGACCAUCGCAGGUAGGGGUUCCACCACAGCAGCAGCAGCACGUUCCUCGGCACUCAUCAUCACGACUUCCUCUCCGGCAGCUUAUCCAAGUAGUAGCACGUCCACGCCUUUGUCCUCGCCGUCGUCUUCUUCAUCCGCCCCGUCCUCACAGUCAUCGGUCACCACCGUGACAACCAUUGAGUCGCAUUCCUCGGUCGGUCAAACUGUUGCCUCGCGUGAUCUGAUAGGAGAGUAUCUGGCGGCUAAAAGUCGUAGCCAGCAGGCACCGGCCAUGUUCGGCUCUAAGGUGACCCCAGCCCGGGAUCAGCACGAUGAUCGUCAGCAGCAGCAGCUGGCGCUGGCCUACAAACAUCCGAUCCUGUUGAUGAACGAGGAUGAGAACAGUGUUUUCUGUAGUGUCGCUUCAAGCGUUGGCAACGAGAAGAAUCGGGAGAUGGAGGAGAAGCUGAUCGCUGAUAAUUCGAUCGAGCUGUUGGAUGCCGAGGGUGAGAAGGAAUCGCUGAUCGUCCCCAAGCCCAAGAAAACUAUGGCGUUCCAUUCACCGGCAAGAUCUUCCCCGGUGAGGCUCGAAGCGGAGGAAGAGCGAAAGUGCAGACUGGUGGGGAAGGUAAAUCCCAAUAUCCUGAAGACCUGGGAACAGCUGAGUAGUGGUGGUAACAAUGAGGGGAAUUACUGCGAACACAAGCGGAAGGAUUCGAAGAACAGUCUCAUUACGGUGACUUCUUCGGAGAACAGUGGCGGCGACAAGCAGAGUUGCUUGAUCUUCUACCGCAAUCAGUACAACAUGGAGGAGAAAGCGAGUGACUUCAUGGUGACCCGAAUUCGACACAGUUCGCUCUCGACCAGCUCGAAUACGGCUGCCGACGACGACGAGGAGGAGGAGCGUACGACGACGGCUACGGCCACGACUGCCACCAUUUCGGUGGUGACCUCGACGGCGACUACGGAAACCAGCUCGGAAGGAGGUUGCUACGACUUCUACGAUAGUAUCGAUGACAGCAGCAGCAGUAGGAUGCUGGAGCAUGACGGAGAGGAAGACGAUGAGUAUGUCCUGGCGGCCGGAGAGGGAAUGGCCGAUUUCACUUCGCUGGAUAAGAGCAGACUGAUGUGGUCCAUCGAUGUGGAGUGAACCCGUGCGUGGGGAGUAUCGAGUCAAACGAGGGGUAUUAAGCCGAAAACGAUCAGUAUUGUUUGGGGCCAGAUAAAAUCAUAUCAGACAACUAAAUCUCUAUUUCGGAAUUGACAAGAAAACACACAAAUACAUGAAAACCGUCCAAUUCGAAAACAGUCACACACACACAUCACAUUUCAAUAAUCGUCACUUGCUCAAUAGUGGUUUGAUCGCAUGCAAAUCACCGCAUUGAUGCGCGUUUAUUUUAAUGCUGAAGAUGAACGCAAAAUAACAGAAUGAAUAGAGAAAAACUAACGCAGAAACUGUGAAAUCACAUUUAUUUUUGAUAAUACAUAACCUAGAAGAGCAGAACAAAAUUAAAACAUAUACAUUCCAGAAUAUUACACGGGAUGGAGGGUGGGAAGGGAAGUCGUAUAUGCAAGUGAAGCAAAGAAAGAAGAUGAUAAAAACAGAUUUUACCCAGAUAUAUUUUUCUAUACCGAUCAAAUUUCCUAACUAAGACUUAAAACAAACAAACAAACAAAAAAACCGAACCUAGCAUUCGGUUCGAUGAUUAAAGUAAUCAAGUAAGCUACAUUUUAAUCACUCUCUUAUAAGUAGGAAGACUAAAAAAAUGAAUCACCAUCACACCCCAUUACUUAUUGCGCGCAGCAGUAAAAAUUAAAUCGUAUAACUUGCGUAUAUACAGAUUCAUAUAACCCAUAUUUUGGAUGGUAUAUGAUAUACAUGUGAAAGUGAAGGCCAUAUACAUACAUGGCAAAUUAGUUUGGAUAAAUAUGCAACUCAUCUGUGCAUCUAGUACGACUAUAGUCAUGCGUAUAUACGAUUCACUACAGGCAAACAAAAAAAAAAUGAAUGGCGGGAAAUGUGUGUAAUAUUAAUUUUAUAUUUAUUAUUUUUAUAACCUCACGAACCGCCAUUUGUAUACAUGACGAAGAUUAGGAAUUAUUCAACUGACUUUUAGUGGGAGGAAGUAUAAAUUGUGUUGUCUGGAUGAUGAGAAACAACUAUCUCGCACGGCUGACUGGAAUAUAAUUCUAGAACAGUUAAAACUCGUACAUAUAAUGCAAAAAAUACGAUUGCAUGGACACGUCGUUCCAUCUGUUGUGUUUUAGUGGAAAUGUUUUGAAAUUUAUAUAAAAAUUAUCAAGUAAGCUUCAGUACUACGUGUUUUGAGUAAUCAAAAAACAUUAUGUAAAAAAUUUCAUUCAAAUUUUAAGAGUUUAAAGCUGCUUUCGGGUCUGCAGAUCUGAUAGAGAUUAAUUUGCCUACAUAAAUCACCAUAUCACCACCAGACGUCGACAAUGUAUAUACGACACGCGGACAUCCUAAUAUGAUGUAAUUCAAUUACGAUCUAAUAUGAUCUACUGUUGAAUGAUUUUCCACAGCAUGUAACACACUUGAUGAUACAAUUUAUAUGUUCAUGCGACUCACAAACUGCAUCAGCUUGAUAUGCAUAUGAUUUCGUAUUGAUUGAUUUUACGAUCGUGUAUAUCAUAAAGCUGAUGCUUGUUACACCGAAUUGAGACCUAAUCCGUAGUGAUAAAUGAAAUCGAGGUUUUCGCAUUUUAUACGAUUUUAGAUGUACACAAUGUAUCCUUUGAUCGACAUUAAAUAUGAUUUUGAUUCGAUCCCACUUCAUAUGCGACUUAGAAUAUGCCAAGUUAUGCGAUUUCAAUGUUUGCUGGGAAAAUACGACGACGACAGGCGAGGGGAAUUUUCGCUGUGAUAAUCUUAAUUUUUCAAAACAUAAACCAAAAAAAAAAACACUGUGCAUUGGAUCUGAGAAACGGCAAAUUGGAACUCGAAAUUUUGGGCGUUAAUUCUGGUGUUGCGAGAGAGCAGACAUCCCCUCAUCAUAUCGCGUGCGCUUUUUAAAAAUUGAUAUAGAACACACAUUUAAAAACCUAAUCAGCGAAUCAGCUUUCCCGCUUCGUGUUACACCGAAAGCAAAACGACAAUAUCAUCAUUAAUCACGCGUCAUCUCUAUAAAGUUAGUAACUUAUUGUACUGAGACUUGAGAUAAAAAAAAUCACGUUAAAACACUGAUGGAGGUUCCAACAUCGUCGGGAGAUUCCAUUUUCUUUCACACUAUCUCGGAAGGUUGCAGCAAAAAAUAUUAAUCAUAAAAACAAAACAAGUACUACUCGAUCCACCUACGGCUGAGAAAAGUUAAGGGUAAAAAAACUAUCUAAUUUCAUUACAUUAUAAAUAUGUGUAAAUAUUACGACAAAGAUAAGCCAAGCACGUGAGGGAAUUGGAAGGUGGAAAGAGGAGUGAGAAGUUGAAGGAGAAAAAAACACUGUUUGAGGUAAUGAUAAUAGUAACUAUUAUUAUUAUGAUUAUUAUUAUUAUUUGCAGGAGGAAGAAAAAACAACUACAAAUAGUGGAAAAAAUGUUAUAUAUUGCAACUAAAUUAA